GGUGGUAUCUUGUGCGGCCUUUUCUGGCGUCAUUUGUAGCGGCGUUCGCAGCAGGAGCGAUGCUGGGUUGGAGUCGCCUAACCUUCGUCUUACUAAGCGUGACCGUCACCGGCUCGGUGGCGCAGCACGUGCCACCGGGAGGCAGGAGGCCAAAGAAGAGAGAAGAUGCUAUACUGCUGACUUUGCAGAUGGAGGAAGGGGGGCACAAACCAACGAAUUGGACAGAAGACUGCAGAAAAUCAACCUAUCCUCCCUCUGGACCAACCUAUAGGGGUCCGGUUCCGUGGUACACUAUAAAUCUCGAUUUACCACCGUACAAAAGAUGGCAUGAAUUGAUGGUUGACAAGGCACCAGCGCUAAAAGUUAUAGUGAAUUCCCUGAAAAAUAUGAUAAAUGCAUUUGAGCCAAGUGGAAAAAUUGUGCAGUUGGUGGAUCAAAAGUUGCCUGGUCUACUUGGCAACUUUCCCGGGCCUUUCGAGGAGGAAAUGAAGGGGAUUGCAGCAGUUACUGAAAUACCUUUAGGAGAGAUUAUUUCAUUCAAUAUUUUCUAUGAAUUUUUUACCAUUUGUACUUCAAUAAUAACAGAAGACAAAGAAGGUCAUCUACUACAUGCACGAAACAUGGAUUUUGGAGUAUUUCUUGGGUGGAAUGUAAAUAAUAAUACCUGGGUCGUAACUGAGGAACUAAAACCUUUAACAGUGAAUUUGGACUUCCAAAGAAACAAUAAAACUGUCUUCAAGGCGGCAGGCUUUGCUGGCUAUGUGGGCAUGUUAACAGGAUUCAAACCAGGACUACUUAGUCUUACGCUUAAUGAACGUUUCAGUACAAAUGGCGGUUUUAUGGGUGUCAUAGAAUGGAUUUUGGGAAAGAAAGAUGCCAAGUGGAUAGGGUUUAUCAUUAGAUCAGUUCUGGAAAAUAGCACAAGUUAUGAAGAAGCCAAGACUAUAUUGACCAAAACCAAAGUAUUGGCCCCAGCAUACUUUAUCCUGGGAGGCAACAAGUCUGGGGAGGGUUGUGUGAUUACACGAGACAGAGAACAGUCUUUGGAUAUAUAUGAACUCGACCCCAAGCAGGGUAUAUGGUAUGUGGUGCAAACAAAUUAUGACCGUUGGAAAAAUCCCUUCUUCCUUGAUAAUCGCAGAACACCUGCAAAGAUGUGUCUAAACCAGACAACCCAAGAGAAUAUCUCAUUUGCAACCAUGUACGAUGUCCUGUCAACAAAACCUGUCCUCAACAAGCUGACGGUAUACACAGCCUUGAUAGACGUUACCAAAGGUCAAUUUGAAACAUACCUGCGGGACUGCCCAGACCCCUGUAUAGGUUGGUGAGCACACACCUGGCCUAUAGGGUGCGACCUGUAUGACAUCAAGAUGGGAGCUCACACGGGGCUGAGAAGUACAGCUGUCUGAUCUCCUUCAGAAGACUGAGACUGAGGACGGGUUCUCUGAGGUGUGAGCUUGUCCUGCUUGGUAUGUUUACAAUUCACAGGCUGUUUUUGCCGUAAUGGUUGAUUUUUCUUAUAUGCAAAUUAACUCCUUAUAGUGAAGUACAACAAUCAUCCAGAACUUACUGUGGUUCAUUUCAGUCUGAUUCAUUUGAGGAUGGGGAUGGGUAAUUACAACUAUUGCGGGACCCACCCCCAUGGAAUAAAGCAAGAUUCUCUGUGAGCACAGAAUCCUGUACAUCUGUGUAAUAGUUAAAUAGUCCAUAUUAUUCAGUUUUUCACUUUUAUUUACAUAUUUGUAUGUUUUUGUCUUUUCUUCCUGGCUCUUACUAUUAAAAUUAAUAUACCAUU